AUGUCGAAACGAAACUAUGCCGCGAUGGAGAGCGAGAUUUCUCCAUAUAAGGCAUUUUCCAUGCCGCCUCUCGACGCGGACUUGAAGCGGUCGGUCGGGCCACACAGCAAGGAAACAGUGGCAUACUUCUUCCACGAGGAGGCAGGGAGUUACCAUUACGGGGAGGGACAUCCAAUGAAACCAGCGCGAUUAUCCUUAACACACAACCUGGUCGUGUCCUACGGGCUGGAGAAGAAGAUGCUGAAUUUCAGGGCGAGGAAUGCGUCUGAAGAGGAGAUCAAGUACUUCCAUUCGGCGGACUAUGUGGAGUUUCUCAGGAGAGUAACGCCAGAUAACUUUUACAUGUACGAGCAAUGCCUGCGUCGCUACAACGUCGGGGUCGAAGAUUGUCCGGUGUUCGACGGCCUAUGGGACUUCUGCUCGAUGUAUUCAGGCGCGUCAAUAGACGCUGCGCGGAAGUUGGUCGCGGGAACGGCGGAUAUUGCGGUCAACUGGUCGGGCGGCUUGCAUCAUGCGAAGAAGUGGGAGGCGUCGGGGUUCUGUUAUGUGAAUGAUAUUGUUUUGGGGAUAUGUGAAUUGCUGAGGGAGUUCCCACGCGUCCUCUACGUCGACAUUGACGUCCACCACGGCGACGGCGUUCAAGAAGCCUUCUACCGCUCCAACCGCGUCAUGACCGUCUCCUUCCACCGCUACGACGGCCACUUCUUCCCCGGCACAGGCUCAAUAGAAGAAAAAGGCUGCGCGGCAGGACGCAACUACGCCGUCAACGUACCCCUCACCGAAUUUAUCAACGACGAAUCCUACGCAUACAUCUUUCGUAGCGUCAUGACCGACGUGAUGACUAUGUUUAGGCCAGGCGCCGUGGUCCUCCAAUGCGGGGCGGACUCAUUAGCUUCUGAUCGGCUGGGCUCGUUCAACCUCAGUAUCCGCGGACACGGCGAAUGCGUCAAAUUCAUGAAAUCGUUCAAAGUCCCCAUGCUUGUCCUCGGCGGCGGCGGGUACACCAUCCGCAACGUGGCACGGGCAUGGACGUACGAGACCAGCGUGCUCACCGACACCGACCUCGAGAACGAAUUGCCGGGCAACUUGUACAUGAGCUACUAUGGGCCGGAUUACCAGCUGCAUGCGCCAAUUGUAGAUCCGAAUGCGGAGGAUACGAAUACGAGGCAGAAGUUGGAUGGGAUUAGGGAGAAGGUUAGGGAGUAUUUGAGGGAAAUUGAGCAUGCGCCGAGUGUGCAGAUGGAUGUGAUUCCGCCGGGGUUGGAUAAGUUGUAUGAUGUCGACGGACGGCAGGCCGACGACGCAGAAGACACAUACGCCGACGUCCGCGACUACUCAGGCAUAUUCGCCGACACAUCACGCAACAAGCAGAAACAUACCGCAGACGAACGUGAUUACUACGAUGGGGACCGUGAUCAUGAUCGCGACGGGGACGACAGUGGCGAUGAGGAUCUCGAGAUAUGA